GAUGUGACGCGAUCGUCGUCAACAGCCAACAUGGCGGCGCCGAGUAGGAAGCAGCUGUUGAGGUUUCUCAGCCAGUUGGGCGCCUUUAUUUUGACCCGAUUUGGAUUCUGGAACUGCUUCUGUAUGCUGAUGCUGUUUGCCGAACGAGCUGAUUCCAAAAGGAAGCCAGACAUCCAAGUGCCGUACCUGUACGUGGACAUGGGGGCGGCGGUGCUGUGCGCCAGCUUCAUGUCGUUCGGAGUGAAGAGGCGUUGGUUCGCCGUGGCCGCCGCCGUCCAGCUGGCAGUCAGCAACUAUGUGUCGUACAUCGGCGAGCAGGUUCACUAUAGCGACUGGCUCAAGGUACGCAUGUAUUCCCGCGCGCUUGCCAUCAUCGGGAGCUUCCUGGUUCUGGCCAGCGGGGCGGGCGAGGUGUACCGGCAGAAAGCACGCAGCAGGUCCCUGCAGUCCACUGGACAAAUCUUUCUGGGUGUCUACCUCGUCUGCAUGGUGUACUCGCUGCAGCACAGCAAGGAGGACCGGCUGGCCUACUUGAACCAUCUGCCAGGCGGCGAAGUGGCACUGGCGCUGCUGGCGGCGGCAUUGGGCGUGCUAGCUCUAGCCUUCCUGUCGGGUCGCUACGUGCGCACGGCAGCGCAGGUCCUCGCCACGGCCCUCCCGCUCAUCGUGCUGCUCAUCGACGGCAACCUGGGCUACUGGCAUCGCACGCGUAAAGUCGAAUUCUGGAACCAGAUGAAGCUCAUCGGGCACAACGUGGGAAUCUUCGGCGCUACGCUCAUCCUGGCGACGGACGCUUAAGAGAUCGCCUGUGGGACUUUAAAACUGUUAACACGCUGCUCCCGAAGUCUUGGUCUGCUUAGGUCUUCAGGUUUCAAUUAGUCUGAAAGGGAAACUCCAUGCUGAAAGAUGCCAGAAAACAGCACUCUUUUUAUUAUUUAACAGUUUUUUUUUUCUUUGCAAGCUUUGGAUGUAAAUAUGUCCUUUUCUACAAAUUGUAUUGUUAUUUUUAUGUCAUUAAAGUGACCUGAUCAUGUAAA